CACCCGAACAAGCAAGUAAAAUAUACCCAAAAACUGUAUCAACGAGUAGUUACAAACUCUAAACAUAAACGAAUCCUCAUAAUAAUAUCCAAAGGUUUGAGGCAAAAGACAACACAUGGCGGCAUCAAAAGCAUUAGUUUUCAUCGUUUUCGUUCUUUAUCUCUCAUGCACAUUGUUGGUGAGCCUCUCUGGAAUUCAAGCGCGUAGAUCAUGCAGGCUUGCAGCUGACUGUGUGGUGCUGUGUCGACGUAGAAUUGAGGGAUGUGUGGACGGAAAGUGCGUUUGUGAGUGGGCAAAACCCGAGACUGAGCUGACCAAGACGAUACGGAGCAAGAAGGAAAGUGAGCGCACAUUGUUGGUGAGCGUCUCUGGAAAUCAAUCGAACAAACCAUAUUGCUCGACAUCCAAAGAUUGUGACUACUUGCAAUGUACAAGAGGACGUGCGGAAUGUGUGGACGAAAACUGCAUUUGUGGGUGGUCAAAACCCGAGAUUGAGCUGACCAACAAGACGAUAAAGUGCAAGAGGGACAGUGAGUGUCCCGACUCUCGUGAAUGCCCUAAGGACUACUAUUACUCUUGUCUUCAUGGAGAAUGUACUUGCAUUGCUGUUUAACUUAAACCGAUAAUCUCAUAUGGCUACCCCCAUCAUAAAAUAUUAAAAUCUAAAUUGUUUAAUAAAAAAAUAUUCGAUGAUUUAUUAUUUUAUUUAUUUCUUAC